AGAAGUCGUGUAUAUAUAUUAAGGUUUCACUUUCAGCUACUACAUCAAUUGAAGAGUUCCCAAUUUAUUUCGCUUCGUUAAUGUAGAAUGUUCAUAACAAAAAAAGCUCUCCCUCACUCGUUCACACAUCAAACCUCAAGGCCUGGGUAUUAGAUUAGUGGUUAGGAUCUGUUGUGUUAGUUACUGAAUUAUAGGAAGUUAGUUAAUAUAGUUAGUAGUUAGUCCUAACCGACUCUCUACUCUAUAUAUACAUUGUAAUUGCCUUUGUUCAUUUUUACCAAGUAAUAAAAUCUUUUCUCUGUUUUUCAAUAGGUUUUCUCCUAAUACUGGACCUUCUUCUUUAAUCUUUUCUCAAGCUGCAAGGAUUUCAUUCGCAGUGUUGUGUUGAAUGAUGGGUACGGAGAGGAAGAGGAAGAGGAGUUUGUUUGACGUGAUGGAUGAGACCUCUGUCUCGGCAAAGAUCACGAAAUCGAACGGUGGUUUGAUGAGUAAUAACACCGGGAAUAGUCUGAUAAAUAGGUGGAACGGCAAGGCCUACACGCCGAGGUACUUUCAUAUACUUGAGAAGAGGAAGACCUUGCCUGUCUGGCAGCAGAAAGAAGAGUUCUUGCAGGUAUUGAAGGCUAAUCAGAUUUUGAUUUUGGUUGGUGAGACCGGUAGUGGUAAAACAACUCAGAUCCCACAAUUUGUUUUGGAAGCUGUUGAUAUUGAAACUCCAGAUAAAAGAAGAAAGAUGAUGAUUGCAUGCACCCAGCCUCGUAGAGUGGCUGCCAUGUCUGUUUCUCGACGUGUUGCUGAAGAGAUGGACGUAAUCAUUGGAGAAGAGGUUGGUUACAGCAUUCGUUUUGAGGACUGCAGUAGUGCAAAAACAGUCUUGAAGUAUUUAACUGAUGGUAUGCUUUUAAGAGAAGCAAUGACAGAUCCACUAUUGGAGCGCUACAAGGUGAUAAUUCUUGAUGAGGCUCAUGAGAGAACUUUGGCAACAGAUGUUCUUUUUGGACUGCUAAAGGAAGUAUUGAGAAAUAGACCUGACCUGAAGUUGGUUGUGAUGAGUGCAACUCUUGAGGCUGAAAAGUUUCAGGGCUAUUUUAAUGGUGCACCUCUUAUGAAGGUUCCUGGUAGGCUUCACCCUGUGGAAAUAUUUUACACCCAAGAACCAGAAAGGGACUACGUUGAGGCUGCGAUUCGGACAGUUGUCCAGAUACAUAUGUGUGAGCCUCCUGGUGAUAUUCUUGUAUUUCUUACUGGGGAGGAGGAGAUAGAAGAUGCCUGCCGUAAAAUAAACAAGGAGGUUGCAAAUCUUGGGGAUCAAGUGGGUCCUGUGAAAGCAGUUCCUCUGUAUUCAAGUCUUCCUCCAGCUAUGCAGCAGAAGAUAUUUGACCCUGCUCCUCCUCCACUGAAUGAGGGAGGCCCACCUGGAAGGAAGAUUGUAGUAUCAACUAACAUUGCUGAAACUUCUUUGACCAUAGACGGGAUAGUUUAUGUUAUUGACCCUGGGUUUGCCAAACAAAAUGUUUAUAAUCCAAGAGUAAGAGUUGAGUCCUUGUUGGUUUCUCCCAUAUCAAAGGCCAGUGCACAUCAAAGAUCAGGGCGUGCUGGUAGAACCCAACCAGGAAAAUGUUAUAGACUUUACACAGAGAGGAGUUUUAAUGAUGAUCUUCAGCCACAGACCUAUCCUGAAAUAUUGAGGUCAAAUCUAGCAAAUAUAGUACUGACUUUGAAGAAAUUGGGAAUAGAUGAUCUGGUUCACUUUGACUUUAUGGACCCCCCUGCUCCAGAGACAUUAAUGCGAGCACUAGAGGUGUUGAAUUAUUUGGGAGCGUUGGACGAUGAAGGAAACUUGACAAAGUUGGGGCAAAUUAUGAGUGAGUUUCCACUAGAUCCUCAGAUGUCCAAGAUGCUAGUUGUUAGCCCUGAGUUCAACUGUUCAAAUGAGAUUCUAUCAAUUUCUGCCAUGCUUUCAGUACCCAAUUGCUUUGUCCGGCCUAGGGAGGCUCAACAAGCUGCGGAUGAGGCAAAAGCUAAGUUUGGCCACAUCGAUGGAGAUCACCUCACACUUCUGAACGUGUAUCAUGCCUACAAGCAAAACAAUGAGGAUCAGUCUUGGUGCUACGAAAAUUUUGUCAGCGCUAGGGCACUGAAAUCUGCUGACAAUGUCAGGCAACAGCUAGUCCGCAUCAUGGCACGAUACAACCUCAAGCUAUGCAGUACUGAUUUCAGCAGCCGUGACUACUACAUUAACAUAAGAAAGGCCAUGCUAGCUGGAUAUUUCAUGCAGGUGGCUCAUAUGGAACGCACUGGACACUACUUAACAGUGAAAGACAACCAAGUUGUGCAUUUGCAUCCUUCGAAUUGCCUUGACCACAAGCCAGACUGGGUCAUCUACAAUGAGUAUGUGUUAACAAGCCGGAAUUUUAUACGUACAGUGACAGAUGUUCGCGGGGAGUGGUUAGUUGAUAUAGCACCACACUAUUUUGAUCUGGAGAAUUUUCCUCAGUGUGAGGCCAAGAGAGUUCUUGAGAGGCUUUACAAGAAGCGUGAAAGGGAGAAGGAGGAGAGCAGAAACAGAAAGUGAAGAUUUUCUGGGAUUUGAUUUGAUGAUCCCCUCUGGUUAUCUUUCAAACAUAUUCUGUAUCUUUGCUGAGGAAUGCCCCACUUAUCACACUCGUCAAUGAAAAUGAUGGAAGAUACAGCCAUGUUUGAUGUAUCAUAUUCUAAAUAGCUGUAGAAGUAGUUGACCAUUAUCUUUACAUUAUAGUUAUUUUGUAAUUGUUUAUUUGAGUUGGAUUGCGUGGUUUCAUUUAAAAGAAAUCACUUGUUUUUAAAGAUUUAGAAGAUGGCCU